AUGGCUUCUUCUUUUUCGUCGGAGUUGAUGAGGAUUUUGCUGUGUGCUUUUGUGUUGAGCGUUCGUAGCUCUUUUGAGAAGAAGGUUCUUGUCCAUGGAGCUCAGAUUACCGUCUCUGUCAGCUCUCUUUCUCCUUCUGUCAAUUGCACAGCUUCAACAAACAAUGUGAACUCAACCCUUAAACUAGUUCACAAGUAUGGACCAUGCUCCCAGCUGUUCGAUGGUGGCCCCAUCAAUCACACGCAGGUUCUUCUCGAAGACAUGGCAAGGGCGAAAUGGAUCCAAUCCAAGAUCUCCAACAGCAUCAGUGGCACCAGUGAUUUGAAGGAGUCCAACGUUAGCCUCCCAGCGAGUAACAGCACCAAUGGCGGCGGCUAUGUGGUGACUAUAGGCCUUGGCACGCCAACGAAGGACCUGACCCUCCUGUUUGAUACGGGAAGUGCACUUACUUGGACCCAAUGUGAGCCUUGCAUAUCUUGCUAUAGCCAGGCCGAGCCAAUCUUCGACCCCUCUAAUUCAUCGUCCUAUGCCAACAUAUCUUGCUUUGCGCCAUCUUGCAUUGGCCUCGCUUCUGGCACAGGUCAGCUACCUAGUUGUAGCGGAUCCAGAUGCAUCUACGAGACGGGAUACGGUGACGGCUCCUCCUUCACGGUUGGGUUGUUUGCCACGGAGACGCUCACCCUAACCCAACGGAUGUUAUUACCAACUUCGAAUUCGGUUGUGGCGAGAACAACGGAGGGUUAUUCGAUGGGUUGGCCGGACUACUUGGGCUUGGUCGAGACCCAAUAUCAAUCAUAG